AUGUCCGACAAUGUCUCUAAGAUCCUGACUCGAAUUGCCACGCAUGACGGUCCGGCUGAUUCCUCCGACCAUGAAAUCUCCCUUCUCGACACCACCGACCAAGGGGACGAACCUGGGUCUGGGGACGAGCCUCGAUCUGGCUCUCCCAGCGCGGGCACAAAAGAGCUGGCUAGGAAUGGGACUAGAGAUUCCUUGAAGGGUCAAUUUACACGAGGGAGAUUUGCCAAAUAUCAGCAAGGACGGUAUCACUCGAAAAAGGACAGCGUGACCACGGCGGAUGAACCUUCGUCGAAGUCGUUGUCAGGACAGCACGCACAAGAUGUCGAGGCUCAGCCCGGGACUCAGACGGUCGACUUCGCAUCGGCUGGGCCUGUCGCGGUGCCAGUCGAAAGGGGACGUCAGAGUGCUGACAAGAGAAGACGAGAGUCGAGAAGGCUUAAAGAGGAAGUCUCAGAGAUCGAUAUUCUGUACGAGAACCAGCGCGGAUCUUUCUUCUGCGGCAUCCCUCUCUAUUCGCACUCUUCCCUCCUACCCAUCGACCCUGGCCCCUGGACGAACAAAGACUUCAAGGAUUCACCGGUCGAUAUUACGAAUGCGCAAGUACCUGACCCAAGCUGGGGAUGGGCGUGGAAGACGUGGUACGUCGACAUGAGCCACGACGUGGACGAGGAAGGUUGGCAAUAUUCCUUCGCUUUCGGUCGGAAUUGGGUCUGGCAUGGCACACAUCCUUGGUUCCACUCAUUCGUCAGACGGAGAAGAUGGCUGAGGAAGCGGGUCAAACGUGAUCCCGAAAGGAGGAGGGGCAGGCCAGGGACCAUGGGUGAGGCGCACAACCUGACUGGCGAUUACUUCACUAUCCAUUCUAGGCGCGAUCGUAGUCCGAUCGACGCUGUAGAUGGCACCGCUAAGACCGCCCGGCCAUCGAGCUUCAUCAGCUUCGCCAGUACCAUCGAUAUCAACGAACCGCCCGAGGACAUUAAGGACAUUGCGAGCCUGCUUACCGCGCUCAAGCUCGCCAAGAUCGACCGGGAGAAGAUUGAGGUGGUGAAGAAGUUUGUCAAGCAAGGGGGAGAGGAAUUGGCAUAUCUGAAGGACCACAUUCCCCAAAUCAUGUCUUUCCUCGUCUUCCAGACUUCCAGAACACAACUUCUCUCCUACCUUAAGAAGACAGCAAACGAGGCGCGCCAACACCGACAGGAUCAUGAAGACGAGGAAACGCCAGAAGGGGAUGCUGAAAGUCGCAGGAUUGACAAUCUUCUCGCCGCAGUCGACGCUGCGAACGCAGAGAUCGGAGGCCUGGAGUAUUGGAGUGAUCGGAAGCAUGUCUUGAAGACCCACGAUAGUGACUGCCUGACAAUGCAAACCAUUGCAACAAUAUUUGAUCAGCCCGCGCCGAAACCGAAGUUCGAGAACGACCCAGUGCACGAGAUCAAGGGCAUAUCAGAAAAGGCUGACAUUCCUGACGAGAGCACAGAGUCCAUCUUCAAUGCCACACGCACAUCGGGAUCGCAGCCGCCGGACGAGACAGAUGAGAAGCUGGAUGAAGCUGCGAAAAGAGAGGAUAAGGGCAAAGGCCGGGCAUAUGAUAGCGAAGAUGACCAGAUCGAGCAAGACUCGAUCCCCCGGCUAGGAUCCGAUGAAGUCUAUGUUCCGGAUGCGGAGGACUAG